UUCUUUCAUCCUCUGGCCUUCUUGAUUCUGAUUCUGAUCACUGGGGAGAGAAUUCUCAAGCUAGGGCUUUUCUCAAAUCAACGGUUGAAUCUAAGAUGACUAAAAUCGCCGCAUGAGCCCUCAAUUCGCUCUCCCUUACAGAUUCUGCUCCUGAGAGCUGACUUUUCUGCAGCUUUUGCUUUCGAGAGUGUCCAUAUAUUUCUUGGUGUCUGAAUUUUUUGGCAUACCAUGUCGGGAAGAAAUCGUGGACCUCCUCUUCCAAUGAAAGGUGCUCCUCAUGCUGGACUACCCCCUCCGAUGCAUGAGCCUCCUUUUGGUGGCAGAGGGCUAGGGCCAUUGCCGCACCCAGCUCUACUAGAAGAGAUGAGGGAAUCACGUUUGGGCCCGAGACCCCUUCCUCCUCACCCUGCUAUAAUUGAGGAGCGUCUUGCUGGUCAACAUCAAGAAAUUCAAAGUCUAUUAGUGGAUAACCAGAGGCUGGCUGCAACCCAUGUGGCUCUGAAACAAGAACUGGAAGCAGCCCAGCAUGAGCUGCAGAGGAUGGCACAUUUUGCAGAGUCAUUGAGGGUAGAUAAGGAUGUGCAGAUGAGAGAAUUGUAUGAUAAGUCUGUCCGAAUGGAGGUGGAUCUUCGUGGGGUUGAAGCUAUGAGGUCUGAACUUGUUCAGGUUCAUUCCGAUAUUAAGGAGCUUACUGCUGUGAAGCAGGAACUCACUGGUCAGGUUCAACUAAUGACACAAGAUUUAGGCAGAAUGACGGCAGAUUUGCAACAGGUCCCUGCUGUGAGGGCAGAUAUUGAGGCUAUGAAACAAGAGUUGCAACGUGCAAGAGCUGCCAUUGAGUAUGAGAAGAAGGGGUAUGCAGAAAACUAUGAACAUGGUCAGAUGAUGGAGCAGAAGUUGAUCACAAUGGCUCGGGAGCUGGAGAAGCUACGUGCUGAGGUUGCUAAUGCUGAGAAAAGAGCACGUGCCUCUGCAGCUGUUGGAAACCCAGCAGGUCCAGGUUAUAAUGCAAACUAUGGCAGUGCUGAGGUUGGGUAUGCUGGAAAUGCUUACGCUGUCAACUAUGGCAUGAAUCCUGUACCGUCUGGUGUGGAGAAUUACCCUCAGUAUGGACCUGGACCUGGCGCUUGGGGUGCAUAUGACAUGCAGCGAGCUCAAGGACACAGAUAGAUUUUCUCUAUCUUGCUAAGCAAUCUCAUAACUGGUAUCUUGGGCUGCAACUUUCUAGAUGAUUAGUUUAGGGUUUAAGUGGUUUUCUAUUCAUGAACAUCUUGGGAUUGUGUCCUUUAGGUGCUUGUUGAAGAGCUGAAGUUGUACUUUAUUGAAAUUGUUACUAGAUUGAUCUUGCAGUUACAUUAUAUGAUGUUUCUCCAUGUUGUCUUCAGUACGAUAAGUGUUCUUUGUAGUUUUUGUUGAGGAUGUGGCACUCAUGCUCAUCUUUCUCUUGAUCUUUGGCAUGAGUUCUUCCUCUAGCCGUUUCUCCUGGAAAAUUUAAAUUUCCAUAUUUAAAAUCCUUUCUGGAUUUAAGAGUUAAAAUUUUAACAUAUGAGCUGCUGUCCCUUUGCAUUGCCAAGCCCUUAUGGGUUGUGCGUUGCCAAGCCUUUUAUGGGUUGUGCGAUUCAAGUCUUCAAGUUCCGCCUGGAAAUGCAGGGUAACAUUCUCUGUUUAAUGUCUUUCACUAUUUGAAUCCUGAAAUACAAUUAAGUUGGAAACCUAUCCCCCUUGCAGCUUUUCAUCCAUUGCCAUAUAAAUUAAAUUGUACAGGUACUUUGGCCUGUUUUCUGUCCCGUACAUUACACUGCAAGGUUUAGUUGGAGGCUAUGAAUUGUUUUUGUUCAUGAUCAUGUGCAAAAUAAUUCAUAUUAAUACCUAGGGGGACCGUAUUUUGGGUUAGUAAAAAAUAUUCGGGAUAUGGGGCAAUUCUUGAAUAUGGAGGAUCACUAUAACAUAAUAGUAUUGUUGGGUAGAGACCAUUUUGAGUAGUGAUAGAAAAAAAAGUAACGCCUUUGGUAUUGAUGCUGAGGCUUUCUAUGAAGUUCUUAAAAGCAAGAAGAAAAUGGAGAAGGGAAAAUAGAAGAGCUGAUAAACAUAGAGGCGACCUUUCCUAGGCUUUUUACUAAAGGUGAUCUAGGAUUGCUAAACACGAGGAAAUCCUUGGAAUGAAAUACGAUUGAAUAAGUAAAAAUUUAUUGCAUCACACUUUUUUUUUUUUUGAGACAAUUCUUUUGCAAUAACUAUUGUCAUUUUUCAAUUUUGAUUGUUAUGGGGAUUACUUUAUCACCGAUUCAAAGAGAUUGAAGGGAAUUGUUGUUAUUAUCCACUUUCUAAUUUCUCUUUUUGUUUGAUGUUAUAUUAUAAGAAGAUGUGUCAUUCUAUGCUUUAUGAUACAUAAUUUCAAACACAGGCACUUCUUAAUUGAAGUGAAGACAUUCUUUUGUAAAAUGAGGCAGGACUUGGCAUUAUGUUCUGACUUUAUUAAAAUACAUUCUGCAUUCUCAUAUUCGUGUUAACCAAGCAUAGUCUUGCUAAUGAAGAAUGGAAAAGAAAAUUAGGGGCAGUGAUAGUAAUUAUUUGUAAAUCAGGGAUUUUGAAUAAACACAUUAAUUAGGAACUAGUCUAUUGGUUAAAAUCUUUUAUUUUAAAAUAUCUCUUGUUAGGCUUAAUUAUUCUUUAGCUAAUUAUUUUCAUAUUUUAUUUAUAUCUUGUUAGGAGUUAUCUCCUGGGCUUAAUUUAAAAUCCUCAGCAGUUAAAUUCGGCUUAUAUACAAAUCUAUUAUGAAUAAAGUCCAGAUUCCCUUUCUAGUCCCCUUCCCCCAAUUUUCUUCUAUAACCCCCGCUGGGGGGAAAAAAUCCUAUUAUUUCUAUUUUUCUUGCAUCGCUGAUCAAGUUAGAGAAUAUAAUUUCAAGAAAGUUGUGUACCCACUGAAGAGGUUGUAAAAUGUUUCUUGAAAUCUAGUUGGUGAUUGGGGUAAGCCUGGGGUUGUAAAAUAGUUUGAAAACUAAGAUGUUGAGUUGUAGUAUGCGAUGCUUUCGGAAAGUUUUCUUUCUAAACCCUAUUAUUUUCGUAUUUGAGUUGUAGUAUGUGAGUGUGGGAAUAAGGUUACUCAGGCUCGUAGUUGUGAACCUCUCAAUUUGUGCGUGUCUGUAGUCAGAUUUUAUGUACAUGUUGGCAGCCUGGAAGGAAAGGACAGAACUAAAAGAUAUCUCUCCUUCCGUUAAAUUUUAAUAGGCUUUCUAGCAAAAAUUGUGGAAUAUAUUGAAGGUGUACAAUCUUUGUGGGACCUGCUUUUCAAGUUGCCUGCUAAAAAUUCCAGGUUGAUAUUUUGUUCUAAUGUCACGUAAAGAAGGAUUUGCUGCUCUUAAACUGUUGUUUUGAGUUACUGAUGCCCUUGUGACAUAGUGGUGCAAAAAUUCAUUUACAAGUGGGAAGUGGUGGGUUCAAUCUUGCUCGUUAUCUCAAGCUUAGCUUGCCCUUGUAAUCGAUCACACACACAUGAUUAAGAAAAAACCUCUUCUUUUUUUUUCCCGUGAAAGUUUUACUAUUUUGAAAUAUGUGUUACCACUGCCUCCUAGCCUAAAGCCUUUUUAGGAGGAUUGGGAAGAGCCUUAAUAUAUGGCAACAUCUUUGAGGUGAGAUUCUGAUAUGGCUUUGUUGAGAUUUUCCCUGGCUUUUAUUUUCUUAAUCUUUAUAUGUUGCACUCCCCUUCCCCUCUCCUUAAGGGCCACAUAUCCCUUCAAGUUCAAGUUCAGGGAACUCCAGUCUUCCUUUACUAGCAUGAUUUGCAUAGCUCUGAGAAAUGAUCAAAUGUUCCACAGAGAACAUUGAAUUAUCAGUUGAACACGUUCUUUAACUUCAAAAUAAAAACCUCAGUAUUUCCCAAGAAUCUCUCAAGCACUAUAGCUUUUAAGAUAGAUCAAAGUCAUGUUAUUAUCAACCGAUGAAAUUUUGUUUCUUAAAAUGCAUGCCUUUUUAACAAGUAAAUCUGUCCCCUUCCUUGGGAUAUUUUUUAUUUACAGAUUACUUUUAUUCUGUGAUUUCUUUUAUCUAGUUAUUUAUGAUGAGUGACCUGGAAGCUUUGGCAAAUCCAGAUUUUAUACUAGGUAUUUUUAAACCCAGCUGGCUGCUCUAGUACCAAAUCAUAAAGGCUAUGCAUCAAAUUGCAUACCAAUUUCUUACAUUUUCUUGUGGCAAUCUUGGAACUGAAAAACACCUUGAGUAGUUUUUCUGCCCACUGUGAGCCUAUCUUUCCUGUUUCUGUGGUAGAGGCCAUUUUCUGUUAGCUUCUCAGGUUUUAUACUGUAGUCCAAUUUUCGAGAAGCUGAGUAAAUCUAAUUUGUCACUGCAGCUGCAAAUUUAAGGGCAAUAUGCCUCUUGUUGUUCAUGCAGUCAGACUAGCCUAGCAGUUGUUUAACCAAUUUAGGUCUAGAUAAACUGGCAAGACAUUGAUAUAAACUUAUAGGAAGAAAAAUUUCCAAUUGUUGAACUUUUAGUUGUAAAGUACAAUUCUCUCCUUCACGAGUUUGGUGUGAGGCUGCAUUGAAGGAGUACUGUGUUCUAUUGGGAAGUUAUUUUUCCAUUUCCGAAGCAGCCACCCAUAUUUGUAGCUUGAUGCUGUUACUGGAAAGAUACAUUCAACACUGGAGCAGCUGAAUGGGUUCUUAGUUGAGUAAGUUAUGCAGCUUGCCAAAUGGUAAAUUCUUUUGUUUGUUUUCCUUUUCGAUUCCCUCCUAUGUGUGGCAAUGAAUGUAACAAUCUCCUAUUCCAUUCAUUGAUGCCAAUGUUUCUUUUUAGGCCGGUAGGAAACUGCUCAUAAUGAUGAAUGAGAUAACAGCUCUUGUCCAGUGUUAGAUCAGAAUUUUUUAUUUUAUUGGGUGUUCCACUCUGUUUAUUAUUUCGGGUCGAUUGAAUUUGUUUUGUUGGUUGACCACUGAUUGGUUUCUCGCCUCAUUUGCUCUAUCCAAGCUAUGGUCUGUGUAUAACUUGUUAGUGUUUGUGGGCUUUAAAGCUGAGAUUGACAAAGCUUGCUUAUCAUAGUGAGGGACUAGGUGAUGUCCAGAGGCGGUGUCAAACUAAAGAAGUUAUUUAUGAGUAGAUCUGUUGAUGCGCUGAAGGAUGGCUUUUGAUUGUUCAAGUUUGUAGUAGACCCAUAAUAUAGUAAGUUAAUUAUAUAGAGAAGGUCACCUUGAUCUCCAAAUUUCAUAUCUCUUGGCGAGGAUUUUUUCUUGAUUUUCACUGAUAGCCAAGAUUGAAGUGGGUGACAAUGAAUUAUUUCUCCGUCAUAUAGUAAGUUGAUUGUUCAGAGAAGGUGACAUUGAUCUCUUCUCCAAACUCCAGAUCUGUGAGGGUAUUUGGUUAAUUUUCACCAAUAAUUUAUACAAGGCAUGACAAUUUGCUGACUUUUUCUUGCCGCGUUUUGCUGCUGAGUACUGCCCUCGCAACCUAACUAGGAAAGAAGAGACAAAUGGAGGUCCUUGGGAUGACUGUUAUAAAGUAGCCUUGUCAAUUCUGUUGUCAGUUUUGGCAGUUACUUAGAUCCUAUGAGCAAGUGUUGCUCACCAAGUUAUCUGCGUUGUUGUGUGCGCUGUAGUUCAAUAAAAUGUUUUCUUUCAUCCACACAUUCAUGUGUUUUGCCAAUCUAUAUAUAUGAGAGCUACAUAUCAUAGCAACUUAGCUACUAUUUAUUCCCUUUUGCCAUGAAUAACAUGCGUGUUUUCCUGAUCUAAAUAUUAUAACCAUAGCAGCCUAACUGCUGUACAAACUUAUGUCCUGAAGAGCAUCUGUUUUGCUGAUCUUUAGAUGAUGACUACAUGCCAUAGCAGCUUAACUGCUAUUCUAACUCUCGCCCUGAAGUUCAGAAUUGGUUUGUUCAAUGUGGUUCUGCUUCCCUAAUUAGCUGAUAAUACUUUCCUGACAUUGUAAAUCUAUAAGUUUUUGGAUAUGAAAAAGCCCACUCAGCCUGCUAUUAUAUUAGUUUCUAUCUACCUGUUUUGUCCUAGAAUUAUGUUAUCCUUUUGCCUGUUUCUCAAAAGUGUGCUUUAUUGUGACAUAGUUGAAUCAUUUUGCUUUUAGGUCAUGCCCAUUGGAACCUGUGAACUAAUCUGUUGCUGCUGCUUUUGUCAUUAGUCACUUCUGAAUAUUGUCAGGGAAAUUGCUACCGUCGAUUGUUGAUGGGAAUGAACCUGUUUGACUCAGGUGUUGCUAUGAAGAUGCAGUGUUUGAAAAGCUCAACGGGUACAAAACCCAUUCAGUUUCAACCGGUGUCCAUUUGUUGCUUGGAGGUUUAUCUACAGAAGGUGACGCGAAAAAACUGGGAAUCAAGACAACCUUCGUAGAAGAAAACCACAAGCUACUCGGAACAACCCCACCCCCAAGAAAUUAAAAAAAAAAAAAGAAGAGGGAAAUUGGUCCAAGUGUUGCUCGCAGCUAGUUCAAGGAACUUCUCGACGCUCACGAAUUCGAGCUUAUGAAUAUCACUUGCGCUUGGUUGCUUUGUAAAAAAUUUACGAGGGCCCUUCUGUAAUAUUCUAUGGAUACAGUUGGAGAAAGAUUGAUAACUUCCAAUGUUGGGGCAACCGCCAUUGUUGGCUCCGCUUUUGUGAAUAUCGAUUCUGACCCUAAGCCCCUUAUAAGUAUGAACUGUUUCAAAGAUUGG